UCCUCGUUUUUAAAUAUGUUUUCAGUUUCAAAAUCACCAGUCAAAAAAGUGAUAAAGUCAUUUGCUAAUAAACUUCGUCAAAGUCAAGUGUUUAUUAAGGUAUUUGCUUUAAUCCAUGCUAAAAUACCUAUCAUAAAAUCCACUCAUAAAAAUACUGGUAUUGAUUGUGAUAUAUCAUUUAAUAAUGUCAGUUCAGUUCACAAUUCUCAUCUUCUCAAUUACAUUUUAAGUAUGGACUACCGUAUUAAACCAGUUUUAAUGAAUUUAAAGAUAUGGGCUAAAAACAUUGGGCUUAUUAAUACUAAUGGAUUUUCUAGUUACUCGUUCUAUUGGUUAGGAUUAUUUAUUAUGCAAGUUAUGGGAAUAUUGCCAGCCAUUCGUGAUUUACAAAAAUCUGUCCCCGAAGUUCUAGUUAGUCAAUGGAAUUGUGCAUUUUCCAAAAAUCCACAAGAAUAUAUUAUUAACAAACAAGAAAGUCUAAGUGAGAGUGACAUAUUAAAUUUUUUCUAUAAAUAUUAUUCAAAUUUCGACUUUGAUAAAUUUGUGAUAAGUCCAUAUACUGGUUUUCCAUUACUCAAAAAGGAUUUUGAAAAUGUAGAACAGCUUCCAGGUGAACUAUGGAGGUACAAACAAUUUUAUAAAGAAAAUAAGGAAUGCCCGAAGUUAUUAUUUUUGGGUACUUGUCAAUUUAAAAUGUACACUCAAGAUCCAUUUCAACAUAAUGUAAAUAUUACAGCAAGAGUGACUCCAAAAAUAUUUGAGAAAUUUAUCAAUGCUUGUAUAGAACUAAAACCUUAACAAAAAAUAAAAAAAUAAUCUAUGCUUACAUUUUAACUUAACAAUGAUAAAAUAACCAUACUACAUUUAUAUUGUUUUAUUAUAAGAAUUUUAUAUUACUUAAAAUAAUUUACACUAUGUUUAACAAAUAUUUUUUAAUUCAUUAUUAUGUUUUAUAAUAUAAUUUUUUGAUGUAUACACUAUAAAGUAUAGCCUAUAAGGCCAUAAUUGUAAUAAAUAAAUUAUAUCAGUAUAUCACAUAUUUGAAUUUUUCUAGCACAUGUAUAUAUUUUUGUAUUAUAAACAUUAAAUACAUUAAAAUCUGAGCCCUAAUUAUCACUAUUAUUAUAUUAAAUUAUUACUUUAAUUUAACCAACAUAAAUUACAACCUUAGAUCAUAUACUUGCACAUAUACUUGUACUGAUUUUCUUUAAAAUUGUAUUUUGAAGACCUGAAACUUGAACUUUUUAAUAAUUUAAUUGUUUCAAUUGAUAAAAACAACGUCAAAUAUUUAAUUCACUAGAAUUAUUUGUAGUCAGUACAAUAAACAUUAAAUUCAAAGUACUAAUGUUUUAUUCUGUAAUGAAAACAAUGUACAACAGUUGUAAAUGCAAUACAAAUAUGUGUGCAUAUAAUGGAUAAGGAUAACUUAAAUGUAAAGUUUGGUAUGUAUAACUUAAGGUUCUGUUCAAAAGAAUUUGUUAUUUAUUAAGCAUUUGGUAUGUUGCAACCUUUAUUGUUGUUUCUUUAUUUAUACAUUUAUUCUACUGCUUAUUUUAACUAUCAUCACGUAACAAUUUACCAAUUAUGUAUUGUGUGGUUCACCUGUGUAGCAUAAAGGUGAAUAAUUAACAAUCCAUUAUUAAGUAAAUAUGAAUCAAUUGUAAAACAAUUGGAAUAAGAGGUAUGUAUAGCUAAUUAAGGAAUUAAAAAAAAAAUGUAUGAAUUAAGUUAAUUUUUCUUACAUAAUUUUAAGGGUCAAUAUUACCUAUAGUAUAAGCAUUAGUUAUAGAAUUAUUAAAUAUUAUUUGUAACUUAAGUGAUGUACCAUACUACCAUUAGAUGUUAGAUUCACCUCUGAUAAAUUAGCUCAGAAUCUCACAGAUACUUCAAAUAAUAAAAAUAAAAAUAUACCAGUACCUAACCUACAUAAUUUCAUUAAUAUAUAUGCCUGGACUCGCAAUCAAUUUGAAUUAAGCAAUGAUUAUGCUAAAUUGUUAAUUAAUAUAUUAUAAAAUUUGCAUCAACAUCCAAA